AUGCCAUUCGAACUGUCGACAUAUAUCUUGUCACAUCAAUUCCCUUUUGAUGGUUCGAAUACGGAUAACAGAAUCUUCGCUCCAUCGAUACAUUGUAAUGUGAAUCUUCUUAGUAACGAGCAUAUAGUUUUCCAACUUUUGUGA